UGGACAUUCCCCAAUCGUCUCUGGUCGCGAUAGCACGUGCGCUCACGGCCUUACUCGCCUCAGCCUGUCUUAGACUCGGCCGUUAAGCCGUGCCGCUUAAGCAGCGGCAACUGUUUGGUGUUAAAGCCUCGGUACCUGUCCGCGUGAGAGUCUCCAGCUCCAGAGCACAGCGUACGUAAAAGAAGGCAAAAGCCAGUGUUUCGUUGCAACAGUACCCAGCGCCCCAAGGCAGCGCCCAACCACUGGGCACUGUGAGUGAAUUGAGUUGUUUCUGGUUUUUUUUUGGUGAAAACGGGACGUGGACGUCGCCGUCAUCUGAGGUACGCCCGGAAAACCUGGGGAAAGGUUUGUCGGGUGCAGUGUUGCGACUAACGCUUCGGUUUCCCAAACGGUUCGCUUCAGUGUUGCAGCAGCCAAGCCAAGGCGAAGGGACUUGGACUGUUUGCUGGGAAUUCAGAUCAGAGGACACGAGAGCGGAGGUUCCUCUAGUUUUUUUUGAAUAUCUCCAACCACUUGGAGAAGGUGUAGGUCGGGCGCGCAUGAUCAGUGAUCAGUGAGUGGUUUGUUGGGUGUGCUUAGUUUCGGUGUUGUUCAAAAAUUCCACCAAGUGUGCAGUAUAGGCCGAGCAAGUUAGCAACCAAAGCUGCUCUGUUAGCUGAUCCUCAUCGGACGGCCCAAGCGGUCGCGACGCAGUGUACGAGCUGAACCUCUCAAGCUGUUGCCGAACGUCCAAUCAAUCCGCCAUUCAACCGAUCAUCAAAUAUCACACGCACCGGGAGUCUUCGUGAUACGGCAGGACAUCAGGGUCACGGGUGCACCUCUGCAGCCAGCUCUCCACAGUUCCACCCAACAACAGUUCUCGGACGGCUCCAACCAUGUGGAGCACGGGUAGGGGUCCUAGCAACAUGUGGGCCCAUCGAAUUGCACUGAUUGCGCUAUGCUACCUGAUCCAAUUAGCGGCACCGACGAACGAAAUAUGGCCGGUCGAGCGCCCAGAUGGUAUGCCCUCGAUAACGGCGCUGGAGGUGAUGUGCGGCAAGGACCACAUGGACGUUCAUCUGUCAUUCUCAGCACCGUUCGAGGGGAUCGUAAGCUCCAAAGGUCAGCAUAGCGAUCCACGAUGCAUCUAUGUGCCUCCGUCCACGGGGAAAACGUUCUUCACCUUCCGCAUCUCGUACUCGCGGUGCGGCACCAAACCCGACCUGAACGGCCAGUUCUACGAGAACACGGUCGUGGUCCAGUACGACAAGGAUCUGCUGGAGGUGUGGGACGAGGCGAAGCGGUUGCGCUGCGAAUGGUUCAACGACUACGAGAAGACGGCCUCCAAGCCGCCAAUGGUGAUUGCCGACCUGGACGUUAUUCAGCUAGACUUCCGAGGUGAUAACGUGGACUGCUGGAUGGAGAUACAGCAGGGUAAGGGACCUUGGGCACCUGCGGUUAGUGGUAUCGUGCCGCUCGGCUCCACCAUGACGCUCGUGGUGGCGAUCAACGAUUUCCGCGGUGAGUUCGACAUGCGGGUAAAAUCGUGCGUCGCCUCGGACGGGGCCGGCCACGUGAUCAAGCUGUCGGACGAGUAUGGAUGCGUGUUGCGACCGAAGAUGAUUUCCCGCUUCUUGAAGGCGCGUGCCCCGGACGAUAAGGCGUCAGUCAUUACGUACGCGUUCUUCCACGCGUUCAAGUUCCCGGACGCGCUCAGCGUGCACAUCAAGUGUAAGGUGGAAAUUUGCCGUCACGGUUGUUUGGAUCACUGCCAGCACAGCGGGGCUCCGGUUGGGGCCGGUCCGGCUGGCGUCCCGGGCAGCGCCGCGAAGCAGCACGAUCUGCUGGAGCGCAAGGACACGCUGGUGAACCAGAACAGCAACGACAUACUGGCGGGCGAUUCGGUGGAAGACCUAGACUCGGGCAUGAACGGACAGGACGUGUACUAUGACGAUAUCAUCCACACGGAGAAGCAUCUGAACCAAUACAAGAAGCCGAUGCCGAACCAGCCGGCAAAGAAGAAGGACAGCUACCUGCAGUACCAUCACCACAACCGGGAACCGAUGGACGAUAUCGAGUCACUGUUCCUGAGCGACCAUUCCACACUGUCCGCUGACAUGAUGAAGAAGCAAUCGCAGGGACCACCGGGGCCACCGGGCGUUGGCGGCGGUAUGCCGGGCAUGCCCGGCAUGGGCCUCGGACCAGGCAAGUAUCCGCCACAGCCGCUGCAACAGCAGCAGCACCAGAUGCAGCAGAAACCGAUGCCCGGUCCGGGCACGCCGAUGGAUGACGACAAGUUCCCGCACGGGCCGCGCCAGAUGGAUGCGGAGAAGCGGAUGGGGCUGCCGGCCGUCGCUGGGCCGCGCGCGCUCAACCUGGACGCGGACGAUGUGCAGAACCAAAGCUACAACCAGGCGGGCGUGCGGUUGCGCCAGCGGCGCUCGGUGCGCGUCACCGACCGGCAGGCCCGUUCGGCCGACAUCGGCGUGAGCGGCAUCUACGACGUCAUCUCGGAGGCGGACCUGGCGUUCAACCCGGACAGCAAGCAGGAGGCGGUCACCGUGUUCCAGGGCAAGAUUACGGAGGAGGUCGUGUACGGGAUCUGCAUGCCGGUGCCUGGGUUUAGCAUUCUCUUCAUCCUCGUCAUCUCGGCGACGAUCAUCUCCGCCCUGAUUGCCGGCUCGCUGCUGUACAGAUAUCAGCUGCAGAAGGAGAUGAUCGCGAACCGGUCGCAGACGCACAACGCACCGAUGAACUCGAUCGCCACGUGGAUGACGCUGCGUCUGUUCCGGUCGCGGCACAACGGCCCGGUGGUUGGUGGGGCCGCUGUGCGCCCGAUGGACCUGAACGCCAGCAGCCAGUGAGCAAAGUCGCCUGUGCAGCAAGCGGCUACACAUGCACAUACCCAACACAGUCCUUAGUCUCUCUAUAUGCUGGCAGCAGCACACAAACACACACACAAAAGAAACAGUGUAAGAUCGUAUAAAUGACGGUAUGUGUAAGGAUUUAGUACAUCCUGUAUGCCGCGCGUGGCGUAACACAGGUAGUGGUCACCGCAUCAGGGUGGUGACAAUCGACUUAGCUUUCCUCUCCCUCAUCACCUGUCACACUCACAUUCAUACACACAUCCACACAGACACGUGUACACAUCUCUUUCAUUCUUCAUCUUCUCGGGUUUAAUGCAAUAUUUAUUAAUCAAUAAUUUACUAUUCGAGAAGUCGAAAUCGAAAGGGAGAGCGAGAGAGAGAGAGAGCGAUAGAAAGAGAGAUAGAAAGAGAGAAAGAGAGAGGGGGAGAGAGAGAGAUCGAGAGUAAACCAUUUAUCUAAUGGGGAUAGGGUUGUUAGGUAAUAGUGUGGAAGAACGCGUUUAGUAUAUCAUACUAACACACAUACACACCAAGUGGCCUGCCGCCUCCUAUCCAGGGGGCAGGUUGGGCAGCUUUUGGACGUGUCUGUGUGUGUGUGAGCACGUGUGUUUUGUUUUGUCAUUAAGACCCUGGGUUGGUAGUUAAAUUAAACUUUUGGUGUGCGUGUUUUCUAGUAUCUCGAGCGGAUGUUGUCACCCGUUCACUACUGAUCUAUACAUAUGCAUAUACAUUUAUACAUAUAUUACCGGUGAUUAUCGUUAUAUUUAAUCAGCUGAUUAGUACUGCUGCGGCGAUUGCUCUGCUAAAGCUGCUGCUUCUGCAGAGCGAUCGGCUAUCAGCAUAGCAGCCAGGAGACGCGGUGCCCGCCCGAUGCGCCCUGUCGUCCUGUAACACUAACAAAGAUUAAACUAAAAGGAUCCGUUUUAGAGUUUAUUUAUUUAAUCUAAAGUGCGUAGGCAAACAAAGAUGCAAACGGUAACCCUCCCCAUUGUUAGGUAAGCGCUUUCAAAGAAACGCCAAGUAGACUGACAUCGAACCUUGGUGUACGUUAGGGACUCGCGCGGGUUUCGCGUUUGUCGUGCGGUGUAUGCGGUACACGGGGUCCGAUUGUAGCGGAUCGCGCGCGUGGCCGUCGCACCGACAGCACAGUAUCACGAGCCGUUUCUAGAACGGUGGUGUAGAUUGUAGUAUGCGCAAAGGCAUUGCGGAACUUAUGCUCAACUUAGUAUUUUGUUUUUGUUUAGCGUUUAGUGUUUAGUGGCGGGCGCGUGCGCGUGUGCCCUCCCCAAGGUAGCAAAGGUAUUUAUUUAUUGCGAAUUGCUCCGCUAGUUGAUACUCUCCUCCGUGCAAUGUUUAUAACCCUCGGUUUUGAUCUGAUAUUUCGGAUUACGAAAACGCGCCAAACGGGCGCCUAGCGAACGAUACGCAAUCGCUGAUCGUGCAUGCGGUGGCUUAGUGUACUGUCUGACUAUCAACUGGUGGAACAAAUAAACAAAAACACUACUAUUUAAU